AUGGCGCUCCCACCGACACAAGCACCGGCGGCCGGCGAGUACGCGGGAGACGAAAUCAGCGCACUCGUCCUAGACUGCGGUAGCUGCUCGACACGUGCUGGCUUCGCAGGCGAAGACACGCCAAAGUCUGUCGUGCCCACGAACCACGCUUCUCUCUCGUCUGGCGAGCGGCUGUUCGGCGAGAAUGCGAUCCAUCUACCACGGGCGGACGUUGAGAUCCGGAACCCAUACAAUGCGGACGGCCUAGUAGAAGACUGGGACACUGCUUCGAAACUAUGGGAGUACACAGUCACAUCGCGUCUGACCGGCGCAAGGCAAACACCUCCCACACGGAAUGGUUUGAACGAUGACAAGGAUGAGAAUGGCGAUGUGAACAUGGAGCAGGAAGCCGAGCGGAGAGAGGAUGAGCAGGAUAGUCCUCUGGCGGAGUACCCGCUGCUGAUGACCGAGCAACCUUGGAACCCGGUAAAAGCGCGUGAGAAGACGAUGGAGCUGGCCAUGGAGGAGUGGGGUGUGCCUGCGUUCUUUUUGGCGAAGAACGGGCAGUUGGCGGCGUAUUCACAGGGCAAGGCUACCGCACUAGUAGUCGAUGUUGGACAUCAGAACACAUCCGUGACUGCAUUGUGGGAAGGAAUGGUGUUGAAGAAAAGCCUCCAUCAUGCACCCUUAGCCGGCAACUGGCUCAACAACCAGAUCCGUGCCAUGUUCGCCACCCAGCAACCACCCGUCCCCCUCGUUCCACACUACAUGGUCAAAACCAAGCAACCCGUCGACGCCAACUCUCCCUCCAAUGCCACCUACGUGCAAUUCGCCAAACCGCCACCCGACUCCUUCCGUCGCCUUGAAGAAGAGCGCGUACUCACCGCUUUCAAGGAAUCCGUCGUGCAAGCCUGGCACGGCCCUGGCCGCCUCGAGGCUCCCCCGGCUCCCCACGCUCCCAACGGCUUCUCCAACCUCGACCACGUCCGCAGCUUACCUCCCCGCCCCUUCGAAAUGCCUGAUGGCUGGAACACCGUCUUCGGCGCCGACCGCUUCAAAGUCGUCGAAUCGUUGUUCGACACUCGCGCCGCCUAUCCUUCGUCCGACCAGCCCACGCCGAAACCGGAAGAUGCCAUCCCAUCCCUUGUCAACCGCGCCGUCUCCGCUUGCGACGUCGACACUCGACCGCACCUCCUCAACAACAUCAUCCUAACCGGCGCUGGCUCUCUCAUAGAGAAACUGCCUGAUCGGCUGCAAACGGAUGUGCAGGCCAUGUUCCCUAAUCCGAAGGUACGAGUGCUGGCGAAUUCGAAUGCGGUGGAGAGGAAAUUUGGUGCAUGGGUGGGUGGGAGCGUGUUGGCGAGUUUGGGCACGUUCCAUCAGAUGUGGGUCUCGAGGCAGGAGUAUGAGGAGUUUGGGGCUGGGGUGGUGGAGAAGAGGUGUAAGUGA